GGUCGGUGGAACCGUUACAGUCUCAAGUGUAGAACUCGUGGUGAACGGACUCACGUUACCUUAAAUUUUCUCUCCUUCUUCCGGUGAAAGGCCUAAAAAGUACCCCACAGCCAAAAUGUGUGACGAUGAUGUUGCUGCGUUGGUCGUUGACAACGGAUCCGGUAUGUGCAAGGCCGGUUUCGCCGGUGAUGACGCCCCACGUGCUGUCUUCCCGUCGAUCGUCGGUCGCCCACGUCACCAGGGUGUGAUGGUCGGUAUGGGACAGAAGGACUCGUACGUCGGUGAUGAGGCCCAGAGCAAACGUGGUAUCCUCACCCUGAAGUACCCAAUUGAGCACGGUAUCAUCACCAACUGGGAUGAUAUGGAGAAGAUCUGGCAUCACACCUUCUACAAUGAGCUGCGUGUUGCCCCAGAGGAGCACCCAGUGCUGCUGACUGAGGCUCCCCUGAACCCCAAGGCUAACCGUGAGAAGAUGACUCAGAUCAUGUUUGAAACCUUCAACUCGCCUGCCAUGUACGUCGCCAUCCAGGCCGUUCUGUCCCUGUACGCUUCCGGUCGUACCACCGGUAUUGUGCUCGACUCCGGAGAUGGUGUCUCCCACACCGUCCCAAUCUACGAAGGUUAUGCUCUGCCACAUGCCAUCCUCCGUCUGGAUUUGGCUGGUCGCGAUCUGACUGACUACCUGAUGAAGAUCCUGACCGAGCGUGGUUACUCGUUCACCACCACUGCUGAGCGUGAAAUCGUUCGCGAUAUCAAGGAAAAGCUGUGCUAUGUUGCUCUGGACUUCGAACAGGAAAUGGCCACCGCUGCUGCGUCCACCUCCCUGGAGAAAUCCUACGAACUUCCCGACGGACAGGUCAUCACCAUCGGUAACGAGCGUUUCCGUUGCCCAGAAGCCCUGUUCCAGCCAUCCUUCCUGGGUAUGGAAUCUUGCGGUAUCCACGAAACCGUCUACAACUCGAUCAUGAAGUGCGACGUCGAUAUCCGUAAGGACCUGUACGCCAACACUGUCAUGUCCGGUGGUACCACCAUGUACCCAGGUAUUGCUGACCGCAUGCAGAAAGAAAUCACUGCCCUGGCCCCAUCUACCAUCAAGAUCAAGAUCAUUGCCCCACCAGAGCGCAAAUACUCCGUCUGGAUCGGUGGUUCCAUCCUGGCUUCCCUGUCCACCUUCCAGCAGAUGUGGAUCUCCAAGGAAGAAUACGACGAAUCCGGCCCAGGAAUCGUUCACCGCAAGUGCUUCUAAGCAGUUCGCGACGAACCUUUUUUGCUACUUCUUGUAUUUAUCAUCCAUUCUAUCCUUACAAUGUCAACAGCAGCAGCAACAACAGCAACAUCAACAUCAGCAAUUUCAACAUCAACAACAAGAAACGACAACACCGACACACAAAC